AUGGCCGCAAAGUCCCACCAGCGAGGCAACACCACCGAGUACCACUACUGGGGUUACUCGUUUACCUGGACCGAUCGUCAUCGUCCGGCAGAGGAGCUACAGCCCAUGGUGCAGACGUGCGACAGCCUAGCCGAUGAAUGUGUGCAACGUCUCAACCAGCUUCCAUCCCCUGAUGGCGAGACCAAGACCUUCAAGAAAGAUCUAUACGGCCUGCUGAAGGAUCAUGCGGAUGAAGACCCUAAACUGAAGGAGCUGUGGACACAGGUCAAUACGGUUCCGGAAUGGGUGGACUGGGACCAGAUCCAGAGAGGACAAGAUGUCUUUUACCGUUAUGGCUUGCCCAUCUUGAACGUGGUAGGUGUGGGCGCGAUCCGAGUUGUCGAGACACUCGCCCGAACCGGUGGGUUUGGCGCCAAGGUUGUUCGACGCCGACUGCUAGAGACCCUCCAGCAUGUCCUCCAGGUCAACAGCUCAGCAGAGGGUAUGAAACCCGGCGGCGAAGGCAUGGUUUCCUCUGUGCGCGUGCGGCUCCUCCACUCGUCCGUUCGUCUCAAGAUCUUAAGUUUGGUUGAAGAAAAACCAGAGUAUUACGAUGUCCAGAAGCAUGGUACCCCUGUCAGCGACCUGGACUGCAUUGGCACCAUCAACACCUUCUCCAGCUCCGUAGUCUGGCUCGGUCUUCCACGCCAGGGUAUCUAUCCCAGUCAGAAGGAAAUUGAAGACUACAUUGCGCUGUGGAGACUGGUUGCGUAUUAUAUGGGCACGCCAACGGAACCGUUCGAGUCCCCGACCAAGGCCCGCGCCAUGAUGGAGUCCCUCCUCCUCACCGAGAUUGAUCCCACGGAGACUGGCAGGGUCCUGGCAAAGAACAUCAUCAUCGGGCUGGAGAACACGGCCCCCGCUUAUGCCUCGAAGGAGUUCAUGGAAGCCAUGAGCCGACUCCUCAACGGCGACGCACUCGCGAACGAGCUGGAUAUCCCGAAACCCACUCUGUACUACCGGAUGCUGAUCUGGGGGUAUGUGUUCUGGGUUGUAUGGGCCUCAUACUUGAUCCCGAAGAUCGGAUUUCUUGACCGGCUCAUGAUUGGAGUAAGUUAUUUUCCAUCUUUCAGUUGA